GUAAUUCGUGUCCGGACGUAAAAAUGUAUAUAGAUUCUCACGUCUUUGGAACAUAUCUAUAAAGACAAAAUAGAACCAAUCUAUGUAUUUGUUCUUCAAUCCCACACCUCUUGUGUCACUUUCUUCCUUUCUCUUCUCAAAAUUUCAAGCUACUUUGCUUCACUUGACACAUAUUCUACUCUAUAAAUCUCGUUGUAUAAUUAUAUUCUCUAAACCUUCAAUAAAUCAAACAAAAGGUGAGGGAACAAUGGAGAGGAACGACAUGAGACAUGAGGUAUGGAGUUCUUGGAGAGACGAUGAUUUUCAAGAAGAUGAUGUAUGGGAUGUUCUUGAUGAUGGAUAUCAAUCAUCGUUUGUGAUUAGUAACCAUACCGCUAAACCUAGUUUCACAACACAAAAUUUACUUCCAAGCGAACCAAGAAUGAUUCCCGAGAGGCAGAGGAUAGAAGGAAUGGCACCCAUGACACAACACUCGGCUCCUGUUAAUGUCCCUGAUUGGUCAAUGGUUCACACAAAGAAGACAAACAAGAAGGUUGAUGAUAGUGAUGAUGAUAAUGUAUCACCGGAGGAAUAUUUCAUGGGGCGGAGUAGAUCGUCGUCGUCUUCAGUUAUGGAAGGAGUUGGAAGAAAACUGAAAGGAAGAGAUUUGAGCAAGGUCAGGAAUGCAAUAUUGAAGCAAACUGGAUUUCUUGAGUAGACCAAGAGCUUGUAUAUAUAUAUAAAUGUUUAGAUAAUACAUAUAUGAACCUCUCGAAUGUCUAGAUAUUUACAUUGUGAUUAAUUAGCAAAUGAAUUAUUAGGUGAAUUCA